AUGAAUAUUUUUCACAAUAUUGUGAAACCAAAGUGGUCUUAUGACCUUUGCGACUGUGGCAAAGAUUUUUGCACAUGUUGCGUAACAUGCCUUUUGCCAUGUGUGACUUUUGGGCGAAUUGGUGAAAUUGUGGACGAGGGAAGACAUUCUUGCUGCUGCCUUGGGUGUGGAUAUUGCUUGCUGUCGAUGUUCCAAUUCCAAUGGCUGCUGAGUUGCUUUUACAGAGAGAAACUUCGAGCCAAGUAUGGGUUGCCCGAUGAGCCUUGCUGCGAUUGUUGUGUUCACUUCUUCUGUGAGACUUGUGCUCUCUGUCAAGAAAGCGCCGAGCUCAAAUCCAGAGGCCUUGACCCAGUCAAAGGUUAUCCUAAAUCUCAAGUUCUUCCUCCAAGAAUUUCAUCUAUGUUUAGAUGA